CACAAGAGAAAGAGAAGGAAGAGAGAGAGAGAGUUCAAAGGGAGCAAGAAAGCAAAGCUUAAAGCAUGGCUCUUUCAAGUGCAAGUGCAUAUUCUCUCUCUUCCAAAUCAUUGUAUGACACUACUCAGAUUCACCAACCCUCUUUUUCCUUCAUUUCCACCAAACAUACCCACCAACCAAGAUCUCUCCAACCCAUCUCAGCCGUCCACGCAGCUGACCCAACCAAAAGCUCUGUAACCGCCAACAACAAGCCCAUCACCACAACCACCACCUCCGGGAAGUGGAGUAUUGACAGCUGGCUGUCGAAGAAGGCUUUGCAACUUCCAGAGUACCCUGAUAAGGAUGAGCUGGAAUCGGUGCUCAAAACCAUCGAGUCUUUCCCACCCAUCGUUUUCGCCGGCGAAGCCAGAAACUUGGAGGAGAGGCUUGCGGAGGCAGCUAUGGGCAAUGCGUUCAUCUUGCAAGGUGGUGACUGUGCCGAGAGUUUCAAGGAGUUCAGCGCUAAUAACAUAAGAGACACUUUCAGAUUGCUUCUUCAGAUGGGUGUUGUUCUUAUGUUUGGUGGACAAAUGCCUAUAGUCAAGGUGGGGAGAAUGGCGGGUCAAUUUGCAAAACCGAGGUCAGAUCCUUAUGAGGAGAUUAAUGGAGUGAAGUUGCCGAGUUACAAAGGGGACAACAUAAACGGUGACGUUUUUGAUGAGAAAUCAAGAAUCCCUGACCCACAUAGAAUGAUAAGGGCUUAUUGCCAAUCCGCAGCUACUCUAAACUUACUUAGGUCCUUUGCUACUGGAGGAUAUGCUGCAAUGCAGAGGGUCACUCAGUGGAAUCUUGAUUUUGCUGAGAACAGUGAGCAGGGAGAUAGGUACCAGGAGCUUGCUAAUAGGGUUGAUGAGGCCUUGGGUUUCAUGGCUGCUGCAGGACUCACACUUGAUCACCCUGUUAUGACAUCUACUGAAUUUUGGACAUCUCAUGAGUGUCUGCUAUUGCCUUAUGAACAAUCACUGACCAGAUUGGAUUCAACUUCUGGUUUGUAUUAUGAUUGCUCUGCUCACUUGCUUUGGGUUGGAGAGCGUACACGACAACUUGAUGGUGCACAUGUUGAGUUCCUUAGAGGAAUUGCUAACCCUCUUGGUAUCAAGGUCAGCAACAAAAUGGAUCCAACAGAGUUAGUCAAGCUCAUUGAAAUCCUGAAUCCUCAAAACAAGGCAGGAAGGAUAGCAAUAAUAGUCAGAAUGGGUGCUGAAAAUUUGAGAGUCAAGCUACCCCAUUUGAUUAGAGCUGUUCGUAGAUCUGGGCAAAUAGUGACAUGGGUCUGUGAUCCUUGCCAUGGCAACACCAUAAAGGCACCCUGUGGCCUCAAAACAAGACCCUUCGAUGCAAUUUUGAAUGAGGUUCGAGCAUUCUUUGAUGUUCAUGAACAAGAAGGUAGUCAUGCUGGAGGUAUUCAUGUAGAGAUGACUGGUCAGAAUGUGACAGAGUGCAUUGGAGGAUCUAGAACAGUGACUUUUGAUGAUCUGAGCUCUCGAUACCACACACAUUGUGAUCCAAGGCUUAAUGCAUCCCAAUCUCUUGAGCUUGCAUUUAUAGUUGCAGAGAGGCUAAGGAAGAAGAGAAUUGGAACUACAAAUAUCCUCUCUAAGGACUAUUAAUCAGCACUAGUUUUAUGCUUUGGCUUCUCAAAG